GCGCGUGUCAGAAUAGCUCCGAGUGCGCGUGUGUCGCCGCUCCCUGGUAUCGAUCUGGCGGCAGACCGCAUUGCUGUACAUUCCGGAGGCGGUGCCUCGCCUAGUUUUCGUCGAUUGUCGGCGUGGCGGGCGCGUGUCGGCGUCGGCGGCGGCCCGGACGGCCCUGCGCAGUAGCGGUGUGAGCAGCGCGGGAGCGACCGACCUUCCUUCUGCCAAAACAGGCUCGCUGUCCGCGGCGGACGGCUGUGAUGUAGCCGGGGCCGGCGUGCGAGCGGCCUUCGGACAAAGGAUCCGCGCGAUACGUGAUUCGCAAUGAAGAAGUUCACUUUCAAGGGGGUGCUGGACGGGUUCCGCAGCUCGGUGCAGGCGGCGCCGCGCGGGACGGAGCAGGAGAUUCAAGAGACUUUGCGUCCGGAUCACUUCCAGAUUAAAAAGACAUUCCGCCAUGGGUUCCCGUUUUCGCCAACGGCACUGGCGUGGGACCCCGUGCAGAAACUACUGGCCAUCGGUGAUAAGGGUGGCAACCUCAGACUACUAGGCGGCCCGGGUGUGGACGCACACGUGCGCCACGAAGCUGGCGAGGCGGUGCUGCAUGUGAAGUUCCUGAUCAACGAAGGAGCUCUCGUCACAGCCACCGCUGACGACCAACUGCACCUCUGGACCUUCAGGCAGAAGAUAGCCCAGAGAGUCCAAUCGCUUAAAUUCCAGAGAGAACGGAUAACCUGCCUCCAUUUACCACUUCAAUCGAAAUGGAUCCACGUCGGCACGGAGCGUGGGAACGUCCAUGUGGUAAACAUCGAAACCUUUGCGCUGAGCGGCUACGUCAUCAACUGGAACAAAGCCAUGGAAGUAACGAGGCCGAACCACCCGGGCGCCGUCGUCGACGUUAGCGAAAAUCCACUAGACGCCAGCAAAUUAGUAAUUGCGUAUGAAUCUGGACUGGUGGUGGUGUGGGACCUGCGAGCGCGAGCCGCGGAAUGGAGAGGAUCGCUGGGUACGAGCGGGCCCGGCGAGGCCGUGCGCGCCGCGGCGUGGCAGCACGAUGCCAAGCUCAUGACCGCGCACGCGGACGGCGCGCUGGCUACGUGGAGCAUGCGCUCUCCGAGACCUACCUCGUUGUCGUACCCACAUGCGAAAGCAAAUAAGGACGGAAAACCAGAACCCUGCAAGCCCAUACUCAGACUGGAAUGGAAAACUUCAAGAACAGGAGAAAGUCUAGUGAUCUUCUCCGGCGGUCUGCCAACCGACAAAGCUGGUCGGACGCAUAGCAUUACGGUGCUCAACGGAAAAAGCACAACCGUGCUGGAAAUGGAGCACAGCGUGGUUGACUUUGUCACCCUCUGCGAGAGCCCUCACGCUGCCGAUUAUCAAGAGCCGUACGCGAUAGUGGUGCUACUGCAGAACGACCUGGUCGUAAUAGACCUGCUGACUCCCGGCUACCCUUGUUUCGAGAACCCUUACCCCAUGGAUAUACACGAAUCACCUGUUACAUGCUGUUGCUACUUUGCUGAUUGCCCUUCGGACUUGAUUCCAGCAUUCUACUCAGUGGGCCGGCAAGGCAACAAGAAGGUGGCCGGUUUCAGCGAGAAACUGUGGCCCAUCAACGGCGGCGAGUGGGCGCCCGCCUCGUGCUCAUACAGUGAAAUUAUACUCACUGGGCACGCAGAUGGCAGUGUGAAGUUUUGGGAUGCGAGUGCGGGGACAUUGCAGAUACUGUACAAAUUAAAAUGUUCGAAAGUGUUCGAGCGGCGCGGCGGCUACGAGGAGGAGUCCCCGCUGGCCGUGCAGCAGGCCGCGCUGUGCGCCGAGUCGCGCCGCCUGUGCGUGGCGCUGCCGCACGGACACGUCGUGCUGUUCAAGUUCCGCAAGGCCGAGGUGCACGCCGAGACGCACGUCGUCGAGGUGCCCGUCAUAUCCGACGCCGUGGAGGAGGAGACGUCCCCGGACGCGGAGGGAAGUCGGUCCGCCUCCCUCGGACGAGGCCCAGAGAGCGUCGAGGGUGAAGGCCGAAGGUCGGGCUCGUGGGCGGGCAGCGCGCUGCGCGUGCGUGGCUGCGCGGGCACGGGCGGCGCCCGGCGCGCGGCCGGCUUCCAGGCCGCGCUCGUGGCGCUGCAGCACGGCCCGCCGCACCCCGUCACGGCGCUCACGCUCAACUCGUCGUACGGCCUCAUGGCGUGGGGCGGCGAGCGCGGCGUGGUGGUGCUGGACGUGUGGCGGCGCUGCGUGGUGGCGGCGCUGCCGGCGCACGCGCUGUACCUGCCGCACCCCGAGCCGCCGCUGGCGCGCCACGAGCGCCGCUCGCCCGACCUGGACCAGUUGGAGGAGUCACCAGCCAGCCCCGAGCCUGCUGAGGAAGCUCUGCCAGACCCAAAGCUUGACACGAGACGCAAAUCCACACCAUGGAAGACCUUCAAUCUGAAACGUCAAAUAUCUAAAGUUGACCUUAAACUCAAAGCUGCCUUUGGACCUCCAGAAAAUGAGGAAAUAAAUGAAAAAGGGAAUUCACAAUUCUAUUGUGAAACGGCUGGUACAUCUGAGGUGGCGCCUGAAUCUAACACCGAUUCACCCGAAGGCGAAGAUGCGGGAGAAAAGAGAGUAGAUGAGGAUAAAAGCCAACUUUCGUCACCUUUACGAGUUUGUUCGGAUGUGUUUGAACGAAUGCAUCGAGAACUACAAGAGAAACGAGCUACAGACGUUUACGACAGAAUGCAUAAAGAACUUCAGGAACGAUGGCAGGACAAAGACCGAGAUGAAAUAACACCUGACAUUUCACCCUCACGGAUCGGAGAUGACGAAAAAGCUACUCGUCCUGACAAUCUUCCUCUUUUCGAUGAAGAUGGCAAGCCGUUGCGACCGCCUCGUUCAAAAGGAAAGCGAAAGGAGGACGUCACAAAGGAUCAGAGAGACCAGAGAUUGCUAUCGGUGCCCAAUAUUAAGUACAACAAGCAGGAGUCGGUAAAGGACCUGCGAAAGAAGCAAGUGACUCAACAGUCGCAGUCUUUCGCCGGCAACCUAAUGCGGCGGUUCAGAGAGUUUGUAGCGAGACUUUGCACGAGAAUCGAACGAAAUGUCGAAGAGGAAAUAAACGAGCAAGUAAUAGAAGUGCCCAACGUGAUAGACAAGCUGGACAGCUCGUUCUCGCGGUCGCGCUCCAGCUCCAUGUCCAGUCUCGAGAACAUAUCGCAAGAGGGCAUUCAGUGCCUUGCCUUUGCCGAUAGCUAUACGAAGAGAUCUGAUCCCACGACGUUGCUGCCGACUCUGUGGAUAGGCACGACGUUGGGCUCGGUGCUCACAAUGAUGAUCAGCCUACCAGAAGCUGACCUGCGCCACACACAGCCAGUUGUUAUUUCCACGAGCGGCGGUCCAAUAUUUAGGUUAAAGGGAUCUAUAUUGGCCAUGUCAUUUUUAGACUGCAAUGGUGCUUUAAUUCCUUACUCGUACGAGAGCUGGAAGGACGAUAGUAAAGAUGGUCGGGAGCGGCGCGAGCGAACGCCCACUAAGCAGAGCUCUUCGGGCAGUAGCCAUAUGAGCCCCCCGCCGGCCGGCGCGGAGGCAGCCGCCGACCGCCAGUUCGUAGUCAUAGCGUCAGAAAAGCAGGCGCGCGUCGUAGCGCUGCCCAGCCAGAAUUGCGUCUACCGCCAGCAGAUUGUCGACACGGAUUUUGUUGUAAAAUCAGAGAUUGUAAGCUUGAAAGAUAGCGUCUGUCUGGUGAACUACUUAUCAACGGGCCACCUGGCAGCAUACAGCCUCCCUUCCCUACGGCCACUCGUUCACACGGAUUUUUUGCCGCUUUCUGAACUCAGCUUCCAGACACAGUCCAAACAGAGGGGUAUCGUAGACCCUAUGCUCUCCAUAUGGGGCCAGCAACUGAUAGUUAACGAGGACACGGACCAAAUAGCGAAGACGUUUUGCUUCAGUAACCGCGGACACGGCCUCUACCUCGCCUCGCCCACUGAAAUACAAAAGUUCACAAUCGACGCUGAGUUCUGUCAGCAACUAAACGAAAUGAUCGGAGAGCUAUUCCUGCCGCGGGACAUGCCCGAGCCGCCCAAGGAGAGCUUCUUUCGAGGGUUGUUCGGCGGAGGGUCCCGGCCGCUGGACAGGGAGGAACUAUUCGGCGAGAACAGCGGCAAGCCGAUCCGCAGCGUGGCCAAGCACAUCCCGGGGGUGGAGGCCACGGGGCAGCGCGCGACGGCGGCGGCCGGCGAGGUGUCGCGCGCGCACCAGAUGGUGGUGGAGCGCGGCGACCGGCUGACGCAGCUGGAGGACCGCGCCGAGCGCAUGCACUCGCAGGCCUCCGAGUUCUCCAGCUCGGCGCACCAGCUCAUGCUCAAGUACAAGGACAAGAAGUGGUACCAGCUGUGAGACGCCGCUUCGUGCGAUGUGAUAAUGUAAAUACUAAACGAUACUAUACUAUACUUAAUCUUUUUAUACAGUGUACCUUAUGUAUUACCGUAGUGGUUUCUCUAUAUAGCACUCUUCCCGUCUCGCGUUUCUCUUGUUUUGAACACUGUACUUUAUGAUUCGAGAUGUGUGCAAAAGGCCGGAAACGACCGUGUGUGUGCUGUGGGAUGUGUUUGGAGGGAGUGUGUGUGUCGACUGUCGACUGUUGGCCGUCGGCUGUCGGCUGUCGGCAGUCGAUCGAGUUAGUAGUUCUGUAGCAAAACGUUGAGAGUUAUAUACAACCAUGUGCCGCAUUGAUUUACCGUUGAUGUAGUGUUAUCUUAUUAUAGUGUUGCGUCAAUAUGAGAUUAUUUAAAGUUGCUACCUUAAAGAUAACUUAAGUAGAUGUAAUUUUUUAUAGAUACGAGCGAACGUAACGGAUGAAAUUAUAAUAGUAAUUGUGAAUCGUGUUGAUCUGUGUAAAGUAAAUAUUUAUAAAUAAAUGAAUAAUAUAAAAGUAAAUGAUUGAAAAGUUAAGCAUUGGAUGACAAUAAUUUUGUUACAUUUGUCUGAAGUUUUGAUUUCGCGCUGCAAGCGUGUUCUUGUUUAUUUGAUCUGCACAAUGUCUUCUAUUGAAUACCUCUUUAAUAAAAUUGAUCUAUAUUAUAUGAGCUGUUAUCUACUCUAUAUCCUGUUUUUAUUCUAACACUUCAAUCUUUCUAUAUAUUUUAAAUGAUUAAUUCAUGUAUAUGUUAUAUAUUAAGAAUGAAAAGUGGGUAAAAUGAUUUUAUUAAGAUUUAAUGAAUUAGUCGAGGUGCGCCUCUUUACAAUGAUAGCAAUACAACGGACGGGCUGCCGGCCUGAGUAGACCUGACCAAUAGGUGUCGUGUCGGUGUUGUUAGCUAAUAAACUAUUAACAAAUCAAACUGAAAGAAGCGAUAACUAAUAUUAUAUGUAAAAUAUCGGUUUAAGUAACGCACUACGUAUCGCAAGUAUUAGAUAAGUCUGUGCGGAGAAAUCGUUGCAGUUUAUAUGUAGAGGAGCAUUUAUUACUUCUGCGACCUGCCAACAACCGGGCACAUUUCCGAACAAAUAAAAUGCAGCGAGUAUUAUCCGCUCAUUGGUUGUAGGUAGUCUAGGUAUAGGUAUCGGUGUAUCGCAUGGCAAUAAUCGUUUCGACCGAAGCGUCACUUGACGUCGGUCCACUUCCUUCCCCGCCCGCUCUCGCUGAAAGUCAAACAGCAAUUCCGACCGAUCUUGGCUUAUUUGUAACCUGUGGCGUUGAUUCUUUCGUUUAGUGAUCGUAGCGAAUUUUGUACCUAAUUUCUUGUGUAGAUUUCGGAUGCCAAAGAUGACUAUUUUGAAAAUCCGUUUUGUAUAUAAUAUCUAGUAGAUACGCGUUACGCGGUAUGUUACAUUUCAUUUUAGAAUAUGUUAUAUAGUUUAUUUAGAUAAUUGCGAAUAUGAUAAUCUAGCGUUACUAUCGAAGGAAUAUAUUGAACUAUUAUAAACAAAUAUAAAACUAAUGCUGUUCCGAUAUUAUAUCAAUAACGUUAAUAUUUUAAUCAGAUUAUUUUGGUAUGUAGACGUGUAUACAACCGAUGACAGAAUUGAUUCGUAAAAUUUAAUAUUUUCUUAUCUAUAUUAAGUGGUUUUAGUGAAUGCAUAUUUUAGUGUUUUACAAGUUAUACUUAUUCUACUACAAGGUCGUUGUAGAUAUCGGCUGCGACGCUCUCGGGUCGCUCGAGUUUCCGAGAUGAUUGUGAAUUAGAAACCAAUUCGUCACAGAUAUAAACUCGGACUUUCUUUGCAUGAAGCCGUCGGUUACCCACAUCGUUAUGAGACUUACUAUCUUUCUAAACUUUCCGCAUACUAACGAUGUUGUUAUGAGUUAUAUCUUUAAACAACUAGUACUUACACUGCACACGAUAAUGAUGUAUUAUUGUCAAAAAAUGUCGUACAAUAUAAUUUAUUAAUUUAUACUUUUGUGCUAUUUACUUACCAUAAAAAAAUUACUUACCAAUUUUACAGUUUGGUGUAUUUUGAAGCUUUUUCAUUGUUAUGGUCAUAGGAUCUGCAUUUGACCUAAAUUAAUCUUAACAGAUAUGUAUGUCGUCUAUAAUGUACGCUUAAGUUACCUCUUCUUAGUUCGAGAUUGCCUUGAGCAGAGACCAAUGCUCACAAACGGCCCGCGUCCCGCUUCCCGAGGGGUUGCCUGAACCGAAUUUGUGCCUCGUGACAUGCAAUAUCUUAUUAUAUGUACCAUCGUGUAUGUUAAGUUUAAACAAUUCUAUUUAUUGUUACUCGGCAACCGCACAUUCCGGCCCCGGUCCGGGUCCGAACCGAUAUGUUGUUUGCGCUUUCUAUAUACUUCUAACUAAACGUUCCCAUUGAAAGCUAUUCAUUUGGAAAUUAUGGGACUAAAUUAAUAUAAGGAUUGUAAAUAAAUAAUUUAAAAAACUUGUGGCAAAUUAUUACUUGUUAAUCUUUAAUAUUCGUAGUUAAUUUGAAUAUUAUUUUAUAUGGAUUAGUCGACUGUCUCUUUUUUAACGUUACGGAAACGAGGAAGAUAUAAAAGUAUAACUAUACAUAUUGUAUAUAAAGGAUGCUGUUGAAUUAUAUUAUUUAGUUUGGUAGAUGAUUAUAGUCAUUAUAUAUAAAUAAAACAUAAAAAUAAAAUUAUAUCGAAAUUAA